AUGCCAUUACAUCCUGCUAAAGACGGCAUGGUCAAAUUACAGGAAAGAUUCUCCACACUCCACGCUCAUUUCCCGACAACAGAUCAAUUGUACUGUCCUCAGCUUAAAUGCAUCCUCCCGUCUACUUUGGGUUUACUUUUUGGCCGAAGCCCUUGGAUGAAGGGUGCACAAACAAGGGCAAUUUGUGUUAGAUGAACUGAUGCAGCGAAGAAAUGCCAAAAGAACACGUCGACGAAUAUGAGCCCCUGCUCAUUAAAGGAAAGGAUUCAAAGCGGCUGAGGUUUCCAAACAAAUCCCUACUGUUGGCUGUCUUUGCCUCUUGUGUCGGUGGAACCUUUCAAUAUGGAUACAACAUAUCUGUCAUCAAUGCACCCACAAGGUACGUUCAACGUUUCAUCAACACUACCUGGAUGGAGCGUUACCAAACCAACAUAUCAGAGGAUCUCCUGACCCUUCUGUGGUCCACUAUUGUGUCCAUGUUCACCUUAGGAGGACUUAUAGGAGUAUCUAUUGGUGGAACGUUGUCAGUGAAGCUUGGGAGGAAAGGGACACUGCUGACCAAUAAUGCAUUUGCAUUAACCGCUGCUUUGCUGAUGGGUCUGAGUUCCACUGCUGGAUUAUUUGAGCUGCUCAUCGUUGGACGAUUCCUCAGUGGAAUAAAUGCUGGCAUCGCCAUAUGUGUUCAGCCUCUGUAUCUGGGGGAAAUAGCUCCAACUUCCCUGCGUGGAGCCAUGGGAAUGGGAACCUCAGUUUUCAUCACUGGUGGGAUCUUAACGGGACAAAUCAUGGGCCUCAAAGAACUUCUGGGCACUGAAGACUACUGGCCUAUCCUGCUCUCCACCACCUUCAUUCCGGCAGUUCUGCAGCUUCUGAUCCUGCCAUGGUUCCCAGAGAGCCCACGCUACCUGCUCAUUGAUAAAGGAGACGAUGAGGGAUGUAAAAAAGCCCUGAGGCAGCUGUACGGGUCAGCCCACUGCGAUGGCGCCCUGGAGGACAUUGAGAGGGAGCGAAACAAUUUGGAGGGUUUCCAGGCCAAGAAACCCUGGGAGCUCUUUGCUGAUCGCAGUCUACGCUGGCAGCUCCUCACCAUCAUUCUGCUCAACACUGCGCAGCAGCUGAACGGCAUCAACGCUAUUUAUUUUUACGCAGAUUAUGUGUUCAAGCAAUCUGGCAUUCCUGUUGAUAAAAUACCAUACGCCACCGUUGGCACCGGCGCUUGUGAAUGCAUCACUGCUUUAACAUGUGGUUUGCUCAUUGAGUGCCUGGGACGGAAAGUGCUCAUCACAGGGGGAUACAUACUGAUGAGCAUCUGCUGCAUUUUAUUCACACUGACGCUCACUUUUCAGAAUGCCAGCCCGGUGUUCCCCUACUUGAGCAUGGCCUGUGUUUUUGCUUUUAUCCUGAGCUUUGGCUUGGGACCAGGAGGUGUGACCAACAUCUUAACCACGGAGCUGUUCACACAAACCUCGCGCCCUGCAGCUUUCAUAAUAGCUGGAUCAGUGAACUGGCUCAGCUUUUUUUUCAUCGGCCUGGUCUUUCCCUUCAUUGUGAUUGGGCUGCAGCAGUACUGUUUCCUGGUUUUCUUGGCAGUUAGCUCCUUGGUGGCGACCUACAUUUUCUUUGUUGUUCCGGAAACGAAGAACAAAACUUUUGUGGAAAUCCAGAAUGAAUUCCAGUCCUCCAAAAAGAGAAAGUUACCGGGGAGAGCGUGCGCAUGUACCGAGGACUCCCUGCGCGCAAACUUUGAGAGAAACAGAAGAGGCGAAAUGCCAAAGGAGCGUGUGGAUGAGUACGAGCCUCUGCUCAUCAAAGCAGGCAAAGACACCAAGCAGUCAAAGUUUCCAAACAAAUCCCUGCUGCUGGCGAUGUUUGGCACAUGCAUAGGAGGAACCUUUCAGUGUGGAUAUAAUAUUUCUGUCAUCAAUGCGCCCACAGAAUUCGUGCAAAAUUUCAUCAACCGGACCUGGAUUGAGCGUUACCAAACUGGUAUUUCACAGGAUGUCCUUACCCUUCUCUGGUCAACAAUCGUGUCCAUAUUCACUUUAGGAGGAUUUGUAGCAGUAUCUAUUGGUGGGACUUUGUCAGUGAAGCUGGGGAGGAGGGGGACCCUGCUGACCAAUAAUUUGUUUUCAAUAACUGCCGCUCUGCUGAUGGGUCUGAGCUCCAUUCUAGGAUUGUUUGAGUUACUCAUCAUUGGACGGCUUUUGGUUGGAAUAAAUGCAGGCAUUGCUCUCUGUGUUGAACCCAUGUUUUUGGGAGAAAUAGCUCCAACUGCACUGCGCGGUGCCAUGGGGAUGGGAACUUCAAUUUUCCUCACUGUUGGGAUCUUAUCUGGACAAGUGAUGGGUCUGAGAGAAGUCCUGGGCAGAGAAGAACAAUGGCCGAUCCUGCUCUCCACCACAUGUGUCCCAGCGUUUCUGCAGCUUCUGAUCCUGCCAUGGUUUCCAGAGAGCCCACGCUACCUGCUUAUUGAUAAAGGAGAUGAAGAGGGAUGUAAAAAAGCUCUGAAACAGCUGCAUGGUUCAGCAGCAUGUGAUGAUGCACUGGAAGAUAUCCAGAGAGAGAAGAGUAACUUGGUCGGUUUUAAGGCCAAGAAACCCUGGGAGCUCAUUGCUGAUCGCAGCGUGCGCUGGCAGCUUCUCACCAUCAUUCUACUGAACGCUGCACAACAACUCAACGGUGUCAAUGCUAUGUACUUCUAUGCAGAUUAUGUGUUCAGGCAAUCUGGAAUACCCACCGAGAAAAUACCAUAUGCAACAGUGGGCACAGGUGCCUGUGAAUGCAUCACUGCUCUGACAUGUGGGUUUCUGGUUGAAUGUCUUGGAAGGAGAGUGCUCAUCGCAGGAGGAUACAUACUGAUGAGCAUUUGUUGCGUUUUAUUUACGCUGACACUCACUCUCCAGAACGUCAGUCCAGUUUUUCCAUACUUGACGGUGGCUUGUGUUUUUGCUUUUGUCCUGAGUUUUGGCUUAGGACCAGGUGGUGUAACUAACAUCUUAACGACAGAGUUGUUCACACAAACUGCCCGCCCUGCAGCUUUUAUGAUCGCUGGGUCGGUGAAUUGGCUCAGCUUCUUCCUCAUUGGUCUGGUCUUCCCAUUCAUUGUGAUUGGGCUGCAGCAGUACUGUUUCCUGGUGUUCUUUGUUGUCUGCUCCUCUGUGGCAAUAUACAUUUUGCUUGUUCUUCCUGAAACCAAGAACAAAAGCUUUUUGGAGAUCCAUAAUGAGUUCCAGUCCAAAAAGAAGAAGGACAGGACGACCGCCACCAUGUCGAGACUCAUCGUUAAAAACCUCCCAAAUGGGAUGAAGGAGGAGAGGUUCAGGUCGAUGUUCGCCGCCUUUGGCACCGUGACAGACUGCUCUCUGAAGUUUACCAAAGACGGCAAGUUCCGCAAGUUCGGCUUUGUUGGCUUCAAAUCUGAGGACGAAGCCAACGGGGCGCUGAAGCAUUUCGACAGGAGCUUCGUGGACACGUCCCGAGUGUCGGUGGAGAUGUGUAAAGCGUUUGGAGACCCCACCAAGGGAAAAGCUUGGAGUAAACACUCUCAGAAAGCAGGGCAGGAUAAAACUCCUGCUCCAGCUCCUAGCGACUCCAAAAACAAAAAGAAGCAGAAAAAGGAAACCAGCAGUUCUCUGGGAACUCUUGAGGAGGAUCAGAAGUUCAGGGAGUUUCUAUCCGUGCAUCAAAACCGUAGCCAAGCACCGACCUGGGCAAACGACACGUCUCAGGAAAAAACGGCUGAUCCCGAAGGAGAGCGAGUGAAGAGCAAGAAGAAGCCUGCCAACGAAGAUUAUCUCAACUUUGAUUCCGAGCAGUCUGAGGAUGAAGAGGAGGGAUUUGAUGAGGACGAAGAUGAAGCUCCCACGAAAGAAGCUCUGAAGUCUGGCUUGUCAGAUAUGGACUAUUUGCGGUCAAAGGUGGCACACACGGAGGAAACUGUGGACACUGUGGAGGACAGUGAUGAGAAGGAUGAAGAUGAGGAAGACGCUGACUGUGCUGAUCACCCAGACAGUGCCUACGAGAGCAGUGACAGAGAAAAGAAGGCAAAAGCUAAACCCGCUAAUGAGGAUAAAGAGCAAAGCACGAUGAAGAAAAAUGCCAAACAAGAGUGGACAGAGCAGACAACAGAGUUCACCGUGAAACUUAGAGGAGUUCCAUUCAGUGUUAAAGAGCAACAAAUCAGAGAGUUCAUGACCCCACUGAAACCCGCAGCAAUCAGGAUCGGAAAGAAUGAAAGCGGAAACAGAACCGGUUAUGUAUAUGUGGAUUUACGCUCUGAAGAAGAGGUGGAAAAGGCCUUGAAGAAAAAUAAAGACUACAUAGGGGGGCGAUACAUUGAAGUUUUCCGGGUGGAUGCUUUCGGGGGAAAGAGCAAGAGAGACAGAAAAGACAAAGAAAUUGACAAAAGCUUUACCAGAACGCUCAAAGAGGAUGAGGAGGAGGAGGACGUGUCAGAGUCUGGUCGGCUCUUCGUCAGAAACCUUCCUUAUACCUGCACGGAGGAAGACAUCAAAGAGCUGUUUGCUCGGCAUGGUCCUAUAUCUGAGGUGGCUUUCCCAAUUGACAAUCUAACUAAGAAACCUAAGGGAUUUGCUUUUGUGACCUAUAUGGUCCCAGAGAACGCUGUGACAGCUCUUGCUAAGUUAGACGGACACGUAUUUCAGGGAAGAAUGCUUCACCUCCUUCCCUCCACAGUGAAGAAGGAGAAGCCUGAAUCCUUAGAUGGUGGCGGUCCUGGCUCCUCGUCAUACAAACGACAAAAAGAUGCCAAAAAUAAAGCUUCAAGUUCCAGUUCACACAACUGGAACGCUUUGUUUCUGGGUACAAGUGCGGUGGCAGAUGCCAUCGCUGAAAAAUACAACACCACCAAAAGCCAAGUCCUGGACCACGAGUCUAAAGGAAGCGUUGCAGUAAGGAUGGCUCUGGGAGAGACCCAGAUUGUUCAGGAAACUCGUCAGUUUCUUCUGGAAAACAACGUCUGUUUGGACUCCUUUAGUCAGGCCGCAGCAGCUAGAAGUACAACUGUGAUCCUGGUCAAAAAUCUGCCAGCUGGAGUGACGGUGUCUGAGCUGGAAGAGCUCUUCUCCCCUCAUGGCUCUUUGGGCCGAGUGCUGCUGCCACCGUCUGGACUCACUGCCAUCGUUGAGUUUCUGGAGCCCACUGAGGCCAAACGAGCCUUCACUCGACUGGCUUACAGCAAGUUCCAUCAUGUUCCACUCUAUUUGGAGUGGGCUCCUGUCGGGGUGUUUGUUGUGCCCAAGCCGGAACAAGCGAAGCCACUUAAAGAGGAGAAGAAAAAAGUUGAAGUGGAGGAGGAAGACGAGACAGAAGAAGAGGAGGAGGAAGAUGUACCAGGUGCUACGCUUUUCAUAAAGAAUCUUAAUUUCAUCACAACAGAAGACAGACUGCAGGAGACUUUCUCCAAAUGUGGAAAGGUCAAAUCCUGCACCAUCUCCAAGAAGAAAGAUAAAUCAGGUAAAAUGUUAUCCAUGGGUUACGGUUUUGUCCAGUAUCAGACAGCAGAGGCAGCACAGAAGGCCCUGAGGCAGCUGCAGCACUGUAACAUCGAUGAUCACCAGUUAGAGCUUAAAAUUUCUGAAAGAGCCACAAGUAAACCUCAAGGGACGCGCAAGAAGAAACAAGCUGAAAAGAAACAGACUGGCUCCAAGAUCCUUGUGCGCAAUGUCCCCUUCCAAGCUUCUGUCCGGGAAAUCCGAGAGCUCUUUUGCACAUUCGGGGAGCUGAAGACUGUCCGCCUGCCAAAGAAAGCCGCCGGUUCAGGGAACCACAGAGGUUUUGGAUUUAUUGAUUUCCUCACCAAACAGGAUGCAAAGAAAGCCUUCGCCGCUCUCUGCCACAGUACUCAUCUGUACGGGAGGCGUCUUGUACUGGAGUGGGCCGAUGGAGAGGAGACGGUGGAGACGCUAAGAAGGAAAACUGCAGAACAUUUUCACGUUUCGGCCAAAAAGCUUAGAAAAGCCGAAGUUUUGGAAGGAAUUAUGGAAACGAUGGAAACUGACGGAGGUGUUGAGGACUAAGUGUUAAUAUUUGGUACUAUUAUUGCUCCUCAACACACCAGAGAAUCCCAGCAAGAGCGGUUGAGAUAAAGUUGUGUAAUUGUCUGGUAUUUGUUAAACCAGCAAAACGAAUUGACUUCUGAGGCAGUUAUUUGAAACUUCCUUUAUUGCAUUUGUUUUGAGAGAAAUAAUGUAACUUAUGUAAUUUUUUAUAAAAAGUUUUAUUUCAUCCUUUCAAAA